CAAUUGGUGGCGGCUACCUCGUGGUUUCUGUACGUGACCAUCCAUGGUAAUACUCUUGUGUACCGGGUUGAACUUUCAGCAGUUGGUCGUUACAUAGUAUUUGAACUGAAGUAUUCUCUCCUCGGUCCAGUCUCCAUGAACACCCAGGGAUCCGUUGUCCAUGCACCUGCAGGUUUCCUUAGCUCCAGUAGUAAGGGCCAGACCUCGCAUGACGAGAAACACCGAUUUGUCGGAGUUCGCGACCCUCGCAAGAUUCGAAUUCUCCAGUUUCAUCCCGACCUCGGUCAUCCCCGUCGUACCAAUAAUAGAGUUUUGCCUCCAGAGUUACUUCUACUGAUCUUCGAGCAUGUUUAUGCAGAUAACAUGCUGAACGAAGAGUGGAUUCCUUGUAACUCGCAGUCUCGCACGCAAUUCCCAUUCGCUCCCGCGGCCGUAUGUCAGGCCUGGAGAGAUGUUCUUGCGUCGGUGCCAAGGUUCUGGACACGUAUCAUAAUCAACCUCGACACUACAAAGCUUUCACACGUCGACAUAUACCUUCAUCUUUCCCGGAAUCUCGUUUUCGAAAUCAUCGUCACGCGAGACCAACGAAUCGUUUCUCAAUCUCGCACAAAUGAUGACGAAGGGGCACGAGCAGCCGCAGUUAUGGCUCGGAUUAUUCCCCAUCUACGUCGCUGCAAGUCUUUAUGUUUUCAACUCGUUCGCAGCUCUUCUCUGCCUGCUCUUCGUCAUCUGAACAUAUGCGCACCCCUCCUUGAGCGGCUAAAGCUGCAAUGUGGGAUCGAUGAUGGCGAGCAUCCCCUCGUAAGCAGCGAAGUUCCUGAGCAGUGGCGCUUCGACGCUCCGGCGCUUCGGUACCUCUUUCUCAAUGGGCGUAAUUUCCGUGACGCCUGCGCCCUUCAUUGGGUUGAACUACUUGCAAGCCUAGAGGACCUAUGUGUUUCGCGCUAUUCCGGGGGGAAACACCCCACAGGAGAGCUGCACUUGCACGACGUUUUGCUCGUCGUCGACAGGCUUCAUCGCCGUUUUGAAAGACUCCAGAUGCUGACUCUUCAAGAUAUUUCGUUUGAUGGCACCCUCGUGCAGCAAGAUGGCUACGACAUUCAAAUCGAAGCUAUGAGCAUGCAGUCCAUUGACUUCUCGACGGUCCGUACCAUCUUCGCGUCCAAGAACGGACCAGCUCCACACCUUGUGCACAUCAAGCACGAGCUCGCGCCCAGUCUAUAUCACAUUCGCUUGACUCAGGCCGACACCCUCGUGCUGGAAGGUCCUUUCAUGCGCAUGGCUGAAGCGAUCAAUAUCUGGGACGGCAAUUGUCUUUCCAUUAAAAACAGUUCUACCUUCAACGAUCGCACCAUCCGCGACAUUUAUCGUUCAUGGAAUCCAGAUAAACUCACGUCUCCAAGCUGGUCCCGACUAUAUAUAGAAAAUUGCACAGAGUUCUCCGCAGAUGCGCUUCUGGAAUUGAUCGAUGCACGCGGCGUUGCGGUACAACGAGCGCGGGAUAGAGAUCCCACAUCGCAGGCCCCUAUCAAUAGCUUGCGGGGUUUGAAGGUACAUGGGGGACCUCCUAUCUCGCCAAAGGACACAGAGGCAUUCAAAGAGAAGUUACCUCAAAUGGAAUGGCAUGAAGCAGCUACGGGUACAAGACAUUAGCGGAGCAUAGGUAUGCGAGGGUUUCAACUGUUGACACACUCUAAGGGCGGGUGUAUUCCUUUUUGUUACUGCAAGCUCAUCUCUCAGGAACUUCACAU